AUGGCGUUCAAUAUCCAGUACGUAAAAUGGCGUUUUGAUUGUGGACAAAAAUGCCAGCUGCUGCUAUUUUUUCUAUAUCUCAGUCAUACUGUCAGCGGACAUAUCCGAUAUUCAAUCCCAGAGGAGAUGAAGAAAGGAUCUCUAAUUGGUAAUGUAGCACAAGACCUUGGUUUGGAUCUUAAAAGGCUCCGUUCUGGCCGGGCUCGUAUCGUGACCGGAGAAAUCAUCCAGUACACUGAGCUGAAGACAGACAAAGGGAUCCUAGUCGUGAAUGAGAGAAUAGACAGGGAACAGGUUUGUGGAGACGUAACACCGUGCAGCUUCAGCUUUGAGGUGAUUUUAGAAAAUCCUAUGGAGCUACAUCCGGUAAAAAUACUGAUUCAGGACCAAAACGACAACGCCCCUCAGGUUCUAUACCCAGUCCAGACUGGUGGCGCUCUGGUGGCUGAAAUGGUGCCUCGUUCAGCAGAGGUGGGCUAUCUGGUGACAAAAGUGGUGGCUGUUGAUGUGGACUCUGGCCAGAAUGCCUGGCUCUCCUAUAAACUGCAGAAAGCCACAGACAGGGCGCUGUUCGAAGUGGGCUUACAGAACGGAGAAAUCAGAACUAUCCGCCAAGUCACUGACAAAGAUGCUGUGAAACAAAGGCUGACUGUUGUGGUGGAGGACAACGGCCAUCCCUCUCGUUCAGCUACAGUCAAUGUUAACGUGGCGGUGGCUGACAGCUUCCCUGAGGUGCUGUCGGAGUUCACUGACUUCACACAGGACAAGGAGUACAAUGAUAACCUCACUUUUUACUUGGUCUUGGCUUUGGCUGUGGUUUCUUUUCUGUUCAUCAUAUGCCUGGUGGUUAUUAUAUCAGUGAAAAUCUACAGAUGGAGACAGUCUCGCAUCCUGUAUCAGUCCAACUUGCCGGUGAUUCCAUAUUAUCCCCCACGUUACUCAGACACUUUGGGAACAGGGACUCUCCCACACGUGUACAAUUACGAGGUGUGCAGGACGACUGACUCCAGAAAGAGUGACUGUAAGUUCGGCAGAGCCGGUAGUCAGAACGUCCUGAUAAUGGAGGAGCCCAUUUUAACACGGACGAUGCAGCGGAUACAGAGUGAGAAGAGCAUCCUGGAUGAGCCAGACUCUCCUCUAGAGGUUAGUUUGUUUUGGUUCUUCUAG